CCACCUAUCAAUGCCAGUCACUGCCACCUAUCAGUGCUGCCAAUCAGUGCCACCUAUCAGUGCCAGUCAGUGCCGCCUAUCAGUGCCUGUCGGUGCCGCCUAUUAGUGUGCAUCAGUGCUGCCUAUCAGUGCCGUAAGUGCUGCCUAUCAGUGCUGUCUAACAGUGCCAGUCAGUGCCACCUAACAGUGCCAUGCCAUAUGAGUGCUGCCUUUCAGUGCCCAUCAGUGAUGCCUGUCAAUGCCCAUCAGUGCCACCCACCAGUGCCUCCUCAUCAGUGCCCAUCAGUGCCACCUAUCAGUGUCCAUCAGUGCAGCCUCAUUAGCGCACAUCAGUGAAG